AUGGGGGAGCAGACAGGUUUAAGCUCCACACCAGCAACAAGCCAGGUGCAGCCAGAUCCAAAAAACAUGCCGGAAACGGCUUUUGUAAUUGCAUUUUGUGUUAAGUUCAUGGAAGCCCUUAAUAAAAUUUAUUUCUGGCCAGAGGAGCUAGAUGAAGCAUUAAGCAGUAAUGAAGAAAGUUUAUUGCUUGAAAAAUUACAUCGUCUUUUUAUGAGAAACUUGUUAAAUUUAAAAGCCUUACCCGAAAAGAGACAUUGGAUGAAAAAGUUGUCUGAUAUUAUAUCAGACAAGAUCGAAAAUCAAGAAGAUUUUUAUCUUGAUCACAACCCUUUGAAACGCGUAAAUGACAAUUAUUAUGCACUUGGUGUCCGUGACAAGGUAAUGAUUCUGCAAUACCUCGUCAGUUGGCAACUGGUGGGCUCUAAUAAAAUAAGAGAGCUUAUACAAGAACAACACAAAGGAGUAUCGGAAGAGGAAAUUAAACCACUGGAAGUAGAAGUCCUUGGUGAAGACACUAAAGAGUCAAAGUAUUAUUAUCUUGGUAUUGGUGCUAGAAUUUAUCGUGAAACGCUGGUCCACGAAUCCGAAAACUCGUCUUUGCCACAUAUAAAAUGGGAAGCCAUAUCAACUACUAUUGAUGAUCUCAAAAAUUUUGCGUCUGAUCGUGAUGAAAUAGAUCCAAGUAGGUCUGAAAAAGAGAAAUUAUUGUAUACGAAAAUAGUUAAUCAGGUUAUUCCCUAUCUUGAAGAAGUAGCAAAGGACAAAGACCGAGAGAUGGAAGAGAAAAAGCGGAAAGCUUCAGAACGACAAGCACAAAAAGAAGUUGAAAGGAUUAGACAGCUUAAAAUCAUUGAGCAAAUGCACAAUAAUGUAGAGAUUUUACCUACAAGGACGCGUGUUCGAAAACCACAAGCUACUCCUACUACUGUUACAAAUAUUUCAAACAUUGAAGUUCAUGAUAGUCAAUCCAUCGUUAAUGCAGCUAAAGAUAUCUCAAAUACACUUAAUUCAGAAAUUAGUGAUAACAUGAAUUCAUUGAAUAAAAAAGAUGGUGAGGAUGUAUCAAAUACACCUGCUAAAGAAAGUAAUCAUGAUACAUUGGAUACAUAUAACAAUGAUAGCAUGGACACUCCGAGCGCAAAUAAUAAUAAGAAUGACAAAAUUAUUUUGAGUAAACCUAGGAAAAACAAUAAAGAUAAGACUAGUAAGCCUAAGAAAAGUAGUAAAGGUGGCUCUGAUGAAGCUAAAAAAGGGAGCAAUGUCCGCAAACAUUCUAAGUUGGCUAAAAAACCUGCUCCAAUUGAUACAACAAUAAUCGAAAAUAUACCCACAGCUUAUGCUAAUCAUAGCGUAAGUAGUCACGAAAAUAUACGUCCAAAUCAAGACGUUCUUACAGGUGAUUCGUCAGUAGUUGAAAAUGCUACUUACGAACAUCAUGAUCAUGAACAUCACGAACAUGGUCCUCACAAUCUUAACAAUAUUGUUAUAUCUGAGAAGAGAGCUUUUGUCAGUGAUACUACAAUUUCUUCAUCAAGUCCAAGUAAAGCUGUUAUAUGCAUUGGAAAUCAACCGAUUGAUAAUGUUAAUGCGAAUAGUUCACUCAAAAUCGUAAAUAAAGGCCGUGGUCGUCCUAGAAAAGAGAAGAAUGCUGCCAGAGCUCCAUAUACAAAGGGAGGUAGAGGCCGUGGGCGCCAAAGAAGAUCUGUUGCCGCAGAUGUAUCUGGUCAGGAUUUAGGGAUCAACAAAAAGGGCGUGCCUGGGGAGAUCACUUUUAGUAUUUCAAAUAACGAAGGCGUUCAACCUUGGGAUAGUGCAUCUCAAGCCAUCUUAAAUAACACCAUAUCAACUACAACGAUCAAUGAUAUUAUUCCAAAUCCUAGUUCUGAUACUGGUGAUAAACAGUUAGGCGUCCCUCCUCAAAAUCUCAAUAUAUCUGGAUUUAAUCAGUCUCCGAACGUAACCGGUAUCGCAAUUCAGACUAAUGUUGCUUCUUCUAACAUUGAUGACAAUGGUGCAAGUUCCGGAGAAGCAAUUGAUAAUUCGCAAAAUAUAAAUCAUUCUUCUAAUGAUAAUUCUAUAACACCCGCCUUCAACACACCAAGCAUUGAAACGAUUGCCGACGAAGUUCGUUUAAAAUCAUCAAAAAUGACAUUAGAUAACUUAUUAACUUACGAGCCUAAUAGCGGAGCUUUACAUUCUGAAUUUCUUUCUAAUGGCAAUCAAACUUUUACACCGACAACAAAUGUUCCACAAAAUAAGGGCACAUCUGAAAUUGAUCAUUCAGAGCACCCUUUAAUAACUAAAAUAGUAUCACUGAUUACUCCAGUAGAAACUGAUACCGAAAUCACAAAAGUAGUGGAGAAUAAUUCAGUUGAUAAUGAUGAAUCUAAUGAAUCGGAAGAACAUAAUGUUAGUUCAGAUACGAAUUUUUGGAGGACAUCUGUUGCAUCUCUCCUUAAUAACGAAAAAAUUCGAGAUAAUAACGAUAUUGGAUUAACGGUUCCAAAUGGAAGUACGGACCACCUAUCAGUAACAAGACCUUCGGUUAAUUCAAAUAUUCAACCUGAAAAAUUAAGUAUAGAUACCAAUAUCAUCGAUAAACAGGCAGCUAAGAGACAUCAAACGCGAUCAACACGUCCUAAUUCUCAAGCCAAAAUCGUUGAGUCGACUAAUACAUCAAAUAUCGACACUGUUGAUCAAUCUAUUUCUGAUAACAAGAAGCGGAGACAACCUAGCGAUGAUCUUUGGUAUGAACGACCAUUAACUCGGAAUCAAGCAAAAGCAGCGGCUAUGAAUGACACUAGAUUAAUUGACACAGUCAAUGGAACGAAACGUAAACAAGAUGAUCGUCAACAAAAUGAUGAGUUGCCGGAACGCCCUCAAAAGAGAAAAAGACGUUUUUUAACCGAAACAGACAUUGAUGAUUCGAUUGGCAUCUUUGUAGCUGUUGAUUCAAAGGGCAAUAUUGAUGUCAUUAAUAACAGAGAAUUUUUAUCUCAAUCUCCUGAAGGGGAUACGGAGAAACAUAUAUAUUUUCAACCUGGUCCUGUUGGAUUUCUUAAACUCGAUACGUCUUUGAAACAUUCAUUCUUUCAAGAAGAUGAAUUAUUUGGCGAGACUGAUAGCGAAUUAUCAAGCUGUGGAUCAGUUUCAUCGAUUGAUACGGACUAA